UAAAGCUUGAACGUGUUCAGUAGCCACUGCUUACGACCGUUUCCUCUAGUUACCACUACCGUAAAGCAAGCAUGAAACAGGUCAAUAACAUUACAGCGUCUUCGCCUCCAUCAACCUCGCAGCUCGGAGUGAGCAACGCGAUCGACCGUCCUCGCCGCCCGAUCAAUCCCCUAAUACAUAUCGCAAUCCUGACUUCGAUUCUCGCGACAGUAGGACUUAUUCCCUACGUCGCAGUCAGGAGACAUGCAUUAUCCUUACACAGAAAGUUGGGAGACCUGGGUGUCGCUAAUGCUGCAAUUAAGCGAGACCUGAAGGUCCUUAUAUCUGAAUCCACCCUUAGACAGCAGCAACAUUCACGUGUCUUGUCAUUGUUGGAGAAGACGAGAGCGGAGCUGCAGGAUGUCAAAGCAGAGGCUCACAAGCAGGAUGCUGCACGAGUGGAAGCUGAGGAGAAGACGAAGAAGGACGUGAAGGCGUUAUUAGCCGAAAACCAGAAGAUCAGAAUGCAGAUAGGAGCAAUUGGGGGGCUGGGAGAAGUGCUCGCAUUAAUUGCGGCGUUCAUGCAGGAGAUCGAGAUUAAGCAGGGGUUACCACUCAGCAGGAAUGAAGAUACUCGAGGGUACGAGAGGAUACGCAAGAUCGCCCUGGACUUGAACAACGUUUGGGAGAAGGUGUGUCCCCUGACUGUGUGCAGUGAUUCCUGUGGUAGUGUACAGAAUUGGAGUGGGUAUGAGGGACUCCAUGGGUGUUAUUCAAGUUGGCAUGGAGAAGAACUUUGUAAACAGAUAUUACAAUGCAGAAUGUAUCACUAGCACAAUACCAUAACGAUUAACCUAAAUUCCAUAGCAUUCAAAAUGACUAGAUGAAAAGACGUCCUA